GCCGAAGCGUUCAGUCUAGUGGUGGUCGUGGACGGGCGGCGAGCUUAACGAGAACGUGUCAGUGCACGAUUCGCGCAAUUCAGUGCGUUUUUCGCAUAGUGGCGAGUGUCGGUGCGAUUCGUCGUAAGCGAGCGUCCACGCGGAAAUGCUUACUCUCGGCAGGCGUCUCGCAAAGCUAGCACGCUGCCAUGUAGUGCCGGUGUGUAAAUGAAGCGGCGGCGUGUACCGCGCUCGCGUUCCGAGGGGAGGGUAUCGUCCGCCGUAGCCGCGACCGCGGCAGCAGUAGCGUCGGCGCCGCUGCCACUGCCGCCGCCGCCGCCGACUGCGGGGGCGAUGGGAAUGGCGCGCAAAUGCUGCGUGCGUAGCUGCGAGGCGGACGUGCGGGCGGCGCGCGCCAAGGGACUACCGCUUCACAAGUUCCCCAAGGACGCGGCGUUGCGGGACAGGUGGUUGGCCAGCGGCGGAUUCGAGGCGAGUUUCAAACCGACGCCGGCCCAGGUCGUCUGCCAUCGGCAUUUCAAACGCGCCGACUACGAAGCCGCCCGUAGCGGUCACAAGCUCCUGCUGAAGCGCGGCAGCGUGCCCACCGUCUUCGCGGACUAUGACAAUCACCCGGAUCCUGUGAUUAUGUCAGUGAAGUCUUCUACGUCUUAUGCCCAAGAAGAUUUGGAUCUGAUAAAUUCAGAAAUAUUGAAUUUGGGACAUUCCGCUUCACCAUUACUGCCUGAAGUAAGGACACCCAAAUCCGACAGUUGCGGCGAGACGUGUAACUCCAGACCCACAUCCUCUGUAGAUACCCUAAAUCUUCACGAUAGUUCCAACGUAGUAGAUAAUGAAUGUAAAGUGACAACUCCGAAGGAGGAAACUGUGAAAUUAAUGAAGGACAAGUCCGUGGCAAAUUCGGACAAAACUUACCCGAAUAAGUCGGAUAAGGCUCGCCUUAAAGUUAAUACGGUAGCGAUGCAGCUCGGCAUUGUUGAGCCAGGAGCAACGAUGAAGACCGGUACCAAAGAUCUCGUGAUGAAGAAAGAAUUGAAGAGCGUGAAACUGUCGGACGAGAAGGAGUUCGACAAGUCGGAGGAGCUGAAACCGAAGGUUCUAAAUCGUGGUGGUCUGAAGUUUUAUCCUGGUGCCAAACUGGAGGCAAAAGACUUUAAUGAUAAGUGGUAUUCCGCAAAAGUGGUGGAAACAGAUUGGGACGAGAGGGAAGUUUUGAUACACUUUGACAAAUGGAGUUCGCGAUUCGACGAGUGGAUACCGAUGGACAGCUCGAGGCUACGCGUGUUGCAAACUCCGUCAAACGAACAAGCUUGGAUCCUGCCACCUUCGGAGACAAAGGUGAGGGAGUUUUCAGUGGGUGAGAAGAUACUCGCUACGUGGGCGGACGGCAGAAAAUACCCAGCCAAAGUAAACGCAGUCUUGGCGAAUGACAGGUACGAUGUAUUGUUCGACGAUGGAUAUGCGAAGAUCGUUAAAUCGUCGAAGAUGACCAAGAUCGCAGCGAACUCGACCAAGCAAUUAAACGAAACGUUGGAGGGAUACAUUGGUAGCAAACAAGAAAGGAGGGAUAAGAAGCGAAAGCAUACAGUUAUGGAAUUGUUCAAUACUCACUCGAGAAGACGUACGAAGAAUGACACCGACAAGGCAUCAAAGAAAGAGGAGACCACCGUCAAGGAAAAUAGAGACAACUCUAUGGAGAAUAAGGUCGAAAUGGAUGGUACGCUGUUUGGUCCUUGUUACGAUCCAGGCACGGAUUUGCUGAGAGGCUUCGAUACCAAUGUAUCAAAGAUCAAAUCGUACUCGAAGAAAAGCAAGAAGGAAGUGCCAAAGAAUGAUACGGAUCAUGAGGAAGACGUUGGUCCCGAAUGGAUUGAUGGCGAACCACAGGGAACGGAGUCUUAUAUUGUGGAUAGCAAUGAUGGACCACGACGAUCCAUAAUAGUCGCGGACAGAAGAUUGCCUCCUGGUUGGGAGAAGCACUUCACGCAGAGGAAGGCUGGCACAUCCGCCGGAAAGUGGGAUGUCUUGUUCAUACACAAGCAAACCAGCAAGAAAUUCAGAUCGAGGAACGACAUUAGAGUAUUCAUGGAGAAUCAGGGGCUGCACGACUUCGAUCCCGAAAAGUUCGACUUCUGCAUACACCGCAGAAAGCGGAAUCAAGCGCAUCGUGCGAAGCAGGAAGCCACGCCGGAAGCGCCGAAGAAGAUCAAGACUUUGUUGCCCAAAACAAAAGCAUCGUCCCACACACCUGACGCGUUACUCGCCACAGCGACGAGCAGUAUCGACAACACCCCGCCUAUUGUCUCGACGCCCACUGCGCCCGCUGCGGAUGGUGAGAUGAUCUAUUCCGUUUUCAUUGGUGGACUUCGCGUGGAGAUGGAGGACAGCGCUUAUAAGUGUCCUAAGGAGGGAUGCAAUAAAAACUUUCGAAAGGAAAAUUUAUUGCAAAUGCACAUCAAGCAUUACCAUCCGGAAUAUUCCAAGUUUCUAGGAUCUACUCCAAAAGUCGAAGAUCUGGCUUACGCGCGAACGAUCGGGGAGUCUAUAGAAGACAUUAUUCCGAAGAAGUCGACGCCGUUCUUAGAAAAGCUAAACAAAUUUGGGAAGAAGAAAUCCUUCCCGGAGAAGUCAUCGUCCGCUGCGCUGCAAUCGACACUGAACACCGUGCAACCGACCUCUCCCUCGGUGUCCGGUGCGAUAAUGCUAGAGGCGGAGGAGGAAGAUCAAUCGGAAAAGUGCAGCGACUCGCAAAAGGAGGACAUGAAAAUCGAGACGAUGUCUCCGAUGUCGAGUUACAGCGCGGAGAUGGACGAGGAUAUGGAGAAAAAACGAGAGAACACGUGCGCGUUGUCUCCCGGUACGUUGUUCGACAUGAAAGUCAAAGAGGAGAAAGCGCCAGGUGGAAUUAAAACGCUGUUGCCUGUGAGACCAGCCGCGACGUCGGAGGCACAGAGGAUCGAUAGGGCGAAAUCGACCGACGAGGCGGUGCACGUUGAACGCUCCAAGGCUCAGAAAAGGAAGCAGCUUGCCGAAUUUGGCAUGGAGAUACCUGCCAAAGCGAAGAAGCGACAUGGUAUAUCGGAUAUUACUGACGGCUUCGGCGAUCUAGACGACAGUGCUAUGGAUGUUGAGGGACCCACUGCACUUAUGUAUAGAUAUAGCCGUAGAAAGUCCGACUCGAAAAGCGACGAAAACAGCCAAAAUAGUCAACUAAAUGAUUCUCGCAUUGAAAAAGGUGAUCCCUUAAAAGGGGAUGCAACCAAAACUGAUAUUAAUAAUGAUACUGAAGAGAGCGACGGCGUGAUGAUGAUGAUCAAUGGCGAACUGGUAAAGGUAGAACAACUCCGCAGAGAAGAAAUAAUAAAUUGCACCUGCGGUUUUAUGGAAGAAGACGGUCUGAUGAUACAGUGCGACCUUUGUUUGUGCUGGCAACACGGCCACUGUAACGCGAUCGAAAGGGAAAAGGACGUCCCUGAGAAGUACAUUUGUUACAUAUGCCAACAUCCGUACCGACAACGACCGUCUAAAAAAUAUUUUCACGAUCAAGACUGGAUCAAGGAAGGAAAGUUGCCAAGCUUGUCCAAUCGAACUCGGAAUCAGUUCGUGAUGAAUCAAAGGACCGCAAUGUUGAAACGCUCUUACGAUCUGGUUGCCGCGCUUUUACAGAUGCAACAAAUUCUCCAUAGCCUUCGCGUAAAAAUCAACGUGGCUCAGAAAAAAGAUCAUCCGAAAUUAUAUCUCUGGGCUAAGAAUUGGGAGAAAGUGGACGUGCCAAAAAUAGACAUAGAGCCGGUACCGGUAAUGGAAAUAAUAAAGUCGGGAGCAAGUCCUGCCGAUGUAAGUUUGGAGAUUUCGCGGCGCCUUGAGACAAAAACGGAAACUAAACUGUCUCUGAAGGAUGAUCAGGACGAAAAAUCGAUUGCCUCGGAUUCGGAAUUGAUGAAAAUUUUGGAGGAGGACAGCACGCAUUCGGACGAGUCCAGGAUGAUCAAUAAGAAAGAAGGCUUGAUGAAUUCUAAGGAUAGUCACAUACUUUUGGACGCGUUAACAAGUGGCAACUCGGACGCGAAGCAAAGGGACGCCAUUACUUUGGACGUGAAGAUGGAGAGUCCAGAUCUGCUAGCCGAGAAAACCAUGAUUGACAAUUCCGCGUCUGAGAAUCUCAAUUCGGGACCGUUGGUUAAUAACGAUCAGUGCAAGCCGAACAUGGUCGACAUGGAGAAUGAAGUUGCGCCACCUCCGCAACCUUUUAUACCGGAGCCAGAGGCGCCCAUUGAUCCAGCCGAGUGCCGAACGAGAUUGUUGGAGCACAUUGAACAUUUUCAGUGCCACAUUGACUCGAGAUUAACGUCCUUAGAGGCGCAAAUUUGUGCCCUAGAAGCGAUCGAUCAGGAUGAGCUCGUACCAGAUGCGCACGUUCAGCCACGUACUAAGCAGACUGUUCAGAUGCUUCUGCGGGACUUGAGCACAAUACGCAAGCUAGCCGCACUGUGCUGAAGAUGUAAGAUCUACUGAGAAUUAUGCCACAUGUAUAGAUAAAAAAUAGAGUACGCUCUUAUUUAUAAAUAUAUAUUUAUGUAACAUACGUAGUACAUGCAUAUCAAUUGGAUGCACUUGAUGCUGUCCACUUCCGGUGGACUUGAUCUUCCUAAUGGACAAUUAGUGUUUUCUUUUAUGUCGGCUGUUGUGCGAGAAGCAACAUCAGGCGAAACGCGCAAGUUGACGAGUAUAGACUGUCCAUAUAUUUAUGUAAAUUGCGCAGACAUGAAUGGAAAAAUAAUGAAAGCUUAUUUGCUGUUCCUCGCGUGAUGCAAGCUAUGUAGAAGACGCUGGUCUGAAGGCAUUAAUCUUCUAGUGGCAGAUCAAUAUCCAAAGUUGAUAAACUGAUGCAUCCGAUUGUAUGCAAACAAUACACAGAUAAUUAACAAUUUUUUUUUAGAGAGACACUAGAUAGUUAAUAUUUUAAUAUUAUGUAAGAAUCAGCUCUUCAGUCUGCGAAGCUGCAAGAGUCUAAUUAAGCUCUUAUUAAAAGCGAUGACUAUUGUAACAAAGUUGUUGAUAACAAGAAAGAGGUAUUUUGAAAGACGCUAAUAGAUUUGUAUAUGUACAUCCCGCUGUCAAGUUUCUGGUAUUUAUUAAUAUAUCAUUUAUGAAAUUUA